AAAAGUACCGUACAUUGUCAACAUCGACUUUUAUCUGAGUAAACAUGUAAUAAACUGAUUAAAAUUGAGAAAUGAGUAAAUAGGUACCGAAAUAAGUACUACUACUCGGCUGUCGUCGAAACCAAUUAGUUAAUGAGUUAUUUUUAGUUUUGAUACGAUGGUGCCGCGGGUCUGUCAUAAUGGUUCCGGUUGAUGGUUCUGGUAUUUUUUUUCUUUUCAUUUAAUAUUAAAAUAUUCGGAUUCGUUCAAUAAACGGCCGGUCUAACGCGUGUGAAAGUUGAUUUUGGAGUGCAUAUAUUUUUUUGGGCUGGGUUGGGACGUUAUAUUACAGUCCCGAAAUAUUAUUAAUUCUUGUGUUUUAUUGGAUAUAGAAUCAGCAUUAGACCCUAAAUGGACGACCUAAAACCGACCAUAGUCCUUGACAUAGGCUCAGGAGACACCAAAGCAGGUCUAGCAGAUAAUUAUUUCCCCCUUUGUACUAUUCCCACAAAAUCCCUAGAAAAUGCUCAUUUGGUUGAACAUGGAAUCAUACAAAACUUUGAACAUGUUGAGCGUCUUAUUGAACAUGUGUUCAAUAAAGAACUACAAGUCAGGGCUGAAGAGCAUCCAGUAUUGGUAACCCAACCCCCAAAAAAUCCCCAGAGGGACAAAGAGAAAUUGGCGGAAAUUUUAUUUGAAAAAUUCCACGUGCCCGCUUUGUAUGAGGAAGUGCACUCGGUAUUGACUUUUUAUUCUUCAGGUAGACAAGCAGGUUUAAUUGUAGAAAGUGGUCAUGGAGUGACGACAGUGGUACCAAUUCUUAGUGGCUACGCGAUUUCGGAGGCGAUUUUAAGACUGGAUAUCGGAGGGGGCAGCUUAGAUCAAUAUUUAGGCAAAAUUUAUGAACAAAGAACUGGUGAAACUUUAGGACCAGAAGAAGCACGACUGCUUAAAGAAAACUUAUGUUUUGUACCUAAUCUGGCUAAACAAGACAGUGAGGAGAACGAGUGUUACACUUUGCCUGAUGGAAGAAAUAUUAUUCUAGGAUCCGAGAGAUUUCAAGCUACAGACCCACUGUUCCAACCUGCGCUGGUAGAACAAUAUGAUCUGCCAGGGCUAAGUGGCAUGAUCUACGAAUCAAUUUUCAAAUGUGGUUUUGACUUAAGAAGAGAUUUUGCUAGUAAUAUUAUUCUUUCUGGAGGUAAUACCCUUCUUAAAGGCCUGGAGCCGAGAUUGAUACAAGACCUGGAAAAAAAAGUGCCACCAAGCAUGAAAAUCAACAUAAUUUCGGAUCCAGAUAGGAAAAUUUUUGUGUGGCGAGGAGGGUCUAUUUUGGGAUCCCUCAGCACCUUUCCGAAAAAUAUAUGCGUCCAAAAGACCGAAUAUGACGAGAUUGGGACAACUGUUAUAAGAAAAAAAUGCAUGAGCGGACUGUAAAUAAUAAUUAGUUUUAUUUAAUUGUUGCCAAAGAACAUUUAUUAUAUAUAUUUUGUUGGUAUUUUUAUAUUUUAUUGCAUAUUGUUUUCUAUUUGUAUAUUUUUUUAGAGGUAGACUUGUUAUCAGCCCUAAUUUUUGUAAUUUUUUUUAUUUCCACUUUUAGGUUUAUAGUUUGUACACAAAAUUUUAAGAGUGAGUGGGCUAGUCAAUUUUUUUUUAUCUGUUAGUUAAUUUAUAUUGUUUGGGACCAUAAAGGCAUUUGAAAGAUAUAUUACUAUUAGUAAUUAAGUUAUGUAUCUAAAGUAAGUCUCAAGUGCUGGAGAUAUAUUGUCAAUAAAAAAAUAUAUUUAUGAA